GGUCUCACUAAGUUGCCCAGACUGGCUUCAAAACUUGCAACCCUCUUGCCUGAGCCUCCUGAGUAGCUGGGAUUUACAGGUGUGUGUGGCUGCCAGAAGGGGAGUCUCCCCUGAAGACACUGACAGGUGCCCUGUGUCCUCUGUGCCCUGGCUGCCCAGGACUGACCAUAUGUGGCCCACCUCAUUGGUCCUGAUGUGCUGACUGGAGGACCAUCAGGGGGUGCAGGCAGGGCCAGUCCAUGACUGCUCCUAGGCCCCACCCAGACUCCUGAGGCCUAGAAAGAGCAGAAAUACCCAGGGGUUCUCAGGGGCCCACUGUGCAUUGGCCCUGUCCUCCCUCUCUCUUGGCAAGGUACCAGGAAGCUGGAACAUUGUUAUCUGGAUAAUUAGCUUCAGACCCUGGACUGAGUCCGGCCAGGUCUUAGGGUUAUUUCCCACAGUCUUUGCACCCUGACCCCAAGAAGGAAGUGAGGUGCUCUCUGGGCAGAGGCCCUGCUGUCUGAGCAGCUGAGGUGCCAGGCCUGCGUAGGACCAGCUAUGGUACCCCUGCACAUUCUCCCUGCUUGGGCUGUGCCUCUCAGGGCUGCCUGGGCCUGAUCACAGCCUUGCCAGGGACAGAGGGCACAAACCUUGGGAAAGGAAUGCCCCCAAGUGUGUUAGUCCAGCCAGCUGCCCUGCCCCUCAAACCUGGUUUGGCCCCCAACCCCUGCACUGUGGUACCCCAAGCAGCCCUGUGGGCAGACACCCCCCACCAUGACUGAGCACCUGGAGCUGCUGGCAGAGAUGCCCAUGGUGGGCAGGAUGAGCGCCCAGGAGCGGCUGAAGCAUGCCCAGAAGCGGCGUGCCCAGCAGGUGAAGAUGUGGGCCCAGGCCGAGAAGGAGGCCCAAUCCAAGAAAGGCAAUGGGGUACAGCUGCGGAAGGAGGCAGCUGUCCGAGAGCCCCAGAAGCAAGUUGUCUUCCCUCCCAGUGUUGUCCUUCUGGAAGCUGCUGCCCGAAAUGACCUGGAAGAAGUCCGCCAGCUCCUCAGGAGUGGAGUCAGUCCUGACCUGGCCAAUGAGGACGGGCUGACAGCGCUGCACCAGUGCUGCAUCGAUGACUUCCGAGAGAUGGUGCACCAGCUCCUGGAGGCUGGGGCUGAUGUCAAUGCCCGCGACAGUGAGUGCUGGACGCCCCUGCAUGCUGCAGCCACCUGCGGCCACCUGCACCUGGUGGAACUCCUCAUUGCCCGGGGUGCUGAUCUCCUGGCCAUCAACACUGAUGGGAACAUGCCCUAUGACCUGUGUGAGGAUGAGCAGACCCUGGACUGCCUUGAGACUGCCAUGGCCAACUGUGGCAUCACCCAGGCCAGCAUUGAGGAGGCCCGGGCGGUGCCAGAGCUGCACAUGCUGAAUGACCUCCGGAGCCUGCUGCACGCGGGGGCUGACCUCAACGACCCGCUGGAUCACGGAGCCACACUGUUGCAUAUGGCCGCCGCCAGUGGCUUCAGUGAGGCAGCUGCCCUGCUGCUGGAGCAUGGAGCUAGCCUGAGCGUCAAGGACCUGGAUGGCUGGGAGCCGCUGCAUGCUGCCGCCUACUGGGGCCAGCCCCCACUGGCUGGCCUGCAGGUGCACCUGGUGGAGCUGCUUGUGGCAAAUGGGGCCAACCUGAACGGAAAAUCCCUGAUGGAUGAGACGCCCCUUGAUGUAUGCGGAGAUGAAGAGGUUCGGGCCAAGCUGCUAGAGCUGAAGCAGAAGCAGGAUGCACUCCUUCGAGCCCAGGGCCGCCAGCGCUCCCUGCUGCGCCGCCGCACCUCCAGCGCAGGCAGCCGAGGGAAGGUGGUGAGGCGAGUGAGCCUGACCCAGCGCACCAAUCUGUACCGCAAGGAGCAUGCCCAGGAGGCCAUUGUAUGGCAGCAGCCUCCUCCCACCAGUCCAGAGCCACUGGAGGAGGAUGAGGACCACCAGACGGAUGCAGAGCUCUGGCUACCACCCCCAGCGGCCCCCAGCAUUCCUAAGGCCUGGCUGUCACCUAGGAGACUGGUCUGUCUACUGGCCCAAGAAAAGAUGGGGGUGCCAAGAGGGCUAGGCCUCAGCAGUGCCCUGCUGAGAGUCAUGGCCUUGAGAGUAGGUGACCGGAGCCAGGCUACAAGGAAUGGACUGAAGGAGAAGGUGUUGACACUGAACACCAUGAACCCACGCGUGCGCAAGGUGGAGUAUGCUGUGCGUGGCCCCAUAGUGCUGCGGGCCUUGGAGCUGGAGCAGGAGCUGCGCCAGGGAGUGAAGAAACCCUUCACUGAGGUCAUCCGUGCCAACAUUGGAGAUGCACACGCCAUGGGGCAGAGGCCCAUCACUUUCUUGCGCCAGGUCCUGGCCCUCUGUGUCCACCCAGAUCUCCUGAGCAGCCCUGAGUUCCCUGAGGAUGCCAAAAGAAGGGCUCAGCGCAUCUUGCUGGCAUGUGGGGGCCACAGUCUGGGGGCCUAUAGCAUCAGCUCUGGCAUCCAGCUGAUACGUGAGGACGUUGCACAGUACAUCCAGAGGCGAGAUGGAGGCAUCCCCGCGGACCCCAAUAACAUCUUCCUGUCCACAGGCGCCAGCGAUGCCAUCGUGACAGUGCUGAAGCUGCUGGUGGCUGGUGAGGGCCGCACGCGCACCGGCGUGCUCAUCCCCAUCCCGCAGUACCCACUCUACUCGGCCACUCUGGCGGAACUGGGCGCCGUGCAGGUGGACUACUACUUGGAUGAGGAGCGCGCCUGGGCGCUGGACGUGGCUGAGCUGCGGCGCGCGCUGUCCCAAGCGCGUGACCACUGCUGCCCACGCGCGCUCUGCGUGAUCAACCCGGGCAACCCCACCGGGCAGGUGCAGACCCGCGAGUGCAUCGAGGCCGUGAUCCGCUUCGCGUUCGAAGAGGGGCUCUUUCUGAUGGCCGACGAGGUGUACCAGGACAACGUGUACGCAGAGGGCUCGCAGUUCUAUUCCUUCAAGAAGGUGCUCACCGAGAUGGGGCCGCCGUACGCCGCGCAGCAGGAGCUCGCCUCCUUCCACUCGGUCUCCAAGGGCUACAUGGGCGAGUGCGGGUUCCGUGGUGGCUACGUGGAGGUGGUGAACAUGGACCCUGAAGUGCAGCGGCAGAUGUUGAAGCUGAUGAGUGUGCGGUUGUGCCCGCCUGUGCCGGGCCAGGCCCUGCUGGACAUGGUGGUUAGCCCGCCAACACCCUCUGACCCCUCCUUCGUGCAGUUCCAGGAGGAGAGGCGAGCGGUGCUAGCCGAAUUGGCGGCCAAGGCCAAGCUCACCGAGCAGGUCUUCAAUGAAACUCCUGGCAUCAGAUGCAACCCGGUGCAGGGUGCCAUGUACUCCUUCCCUCGGAUGCAGCUGCCCCCGCGCGCGAUCCAGCGCGCUCAGGAGCUCGGCCUGGCCCCGGACAUGUUCUUCUGCCAGCGCCUCCUGGAGGAGACCGGCAUCUGCGUGGUGCCCGGGAGCGGCUUCGGGCAACUGGAGGGCACCUAUCAUUUCCGGAUGACCAUUCUGCCUCCCAUGGAGAAACUUCGGCUGCUACUGGAGAAGCUGAGCGAUUUUCACACCAAGUUCACCCACGAGUACUCCUAAGGCCACCACAGGGACCAAGCUGGGCCGCCCGGACUGACUGUGCCCAGGGACCUGGAGGUCUCUGGAGCUCUGAGAACUUGCUGCUGCCUCUUGCAGGCUGGGUAUCUCCCUCUGUGGGUCCCUAAUAAAGCUGCGUGCGGUUCUGAUUCUG